ACGGGGCGAGCGGCCACGGAAUGGCCGGGCGGGGGGCGGGAGCGUGCGGCGGCGGCAGGGGCGGGGGGCGCUGAGCGCGGCGGGGCAGCCCCUCCCCGAGGCGGUGGGGGCGGCCGGGCCGCGCGGCACCGCAGCGCGCGGGCGGCCAUGGAGCGAGCCUAGGGCCCGGCAGGAACUGUGGGAGGAGCUUCAGUGAAGAAUGGACCAAUGUAUACAGUGAUGGGAAAUUUCCGCUGACCGUCACCACUUGAUCUCCUGGAUAAGCAGAGUGAGUGGGUCAGAACAGAAGGAAAAGAGGCCAACAUGAAGCUAAAACAGCGUGUCGUGCUGUUAGCAAUUCUCCUUGUCAUCUUUAUCUUCACCAAAGUUUUCCUGAUCGAUAACUUAGAUACAUCAGCUACCAACCGGGAGGACCAGAGGGCCUUUCACCGGAUGAUGGCGGGCUUGCGGGUGGAGCUGGCCCCCAAACUGGAACACACCUUGCAGUCUCCCUGGGAGAUUGCAGCCCAAUGGGUAGUCCCUCGGGAAGUGUACCCUGAAGAGACACCCGAGCUGGGGGCAGUCAUGCAUGCCAUGGCCACCAAAAAAAUCAUUAAAGCUGAUGUGGGGUAUAAAGGGACACAAUUGAAAGCCUUACUGAUACUUGAAGGAGGACAGAAAGUGGUCUUCAAACCUAAGCGGUAUAACCGAGACUAUGUGGUAGAAGGGGAACCAUAUGCUGGCUACGACAGACACAAUGCGGAGGUGGCAGCCUUUCACUUGGACAGGAUACUGGGUUUCCGCCGAGCCCCCUUAGUGGUUGGCAGAUUUGUUAAUCUGAGGACAGAGGUCAAGCCUGUUGCCACGGAGCAGCUCCUGAGCACCUUUCUAACUGUAGGCAAUAACACGUGUUUCUAUGGGAAGUGCUAUUACUGCCGGGAAACAGAGCCAGCUUGUGCUGACGGAGACACAAUGGAAGGGUCUGUUACACUCUGGCUUCCAGAUGUGUGGCCUCUGCAGAAACACCGACACCCUUGGGGCAGGACUUACCGGGAGGGCAAAUUGGCCAGGUGGGAGUAUGAUGAGAGCUACUGUGAUGCUGUGAAGAAAACAUCCCCAUAUGACUCAGGCCCUCGACUUCUAGACAUCAUUGACACAGCUGUCUUCGAUUACUUGAUUGGCAAUGCUGACCGACACCACUAUGAGAGCUUUCAGGAUGACGAGGGCGCUAGCAUGCUCAUCCUGCUUGAUAAUGCCAAAAGCUUUGGCAACCCCUCACUGGAUGAGAGAAGCAUCCUUGCCCCCCUCUAUCAGUGCUGCAUCAUUCGAGUUUCUACUUGGAACAGACUGAACUACCUAAAGAAUGGUGUGCUGAAGUCUGCCUUAAAAUCUGCCAUGGCCCCUGACCCCAUCUUCCCAGUGCUCUCCGACCCCCACCUGGAUGCCAUGGACCAGCGGCUUCUGAGCAUCCUGGCCACCGUGAAGCAGUGCACUGACCAAUUUGGAAUGGACACUGUGCUGGUGGAAGACAGGAUGCCUCUCUCCCACUUGUAAUUUGCAAUACAAACCAAGUGAAACUUAUUUUUUACAAAGGUAGAGAAACAGCACAAUUGAUUCUAAAUGAUAUGAAAUAGACUCAAAAUGUCAGCAGUGAGUUCUGGUGAGGGGACAGUGGCCUUGGAUUUCCUUGAUAUUUUCUGUAAUCAGAGCUAAAGCAAAGACCACAGGUUUCGGACAACAGAGCUCUUCUUGCUGGAUCACCUCCUGACUUCUUCACCAGUGGGCACCAACGUCAGUUGGUCUUACUCUCAUGCCAAAGGACCCUGGACCCUGAGGUGUUUGAAUAGGCUAAUUCUGGAACUAGUUCUGGAGUGUGCUUUGGGUUCAACCUAACAAUCCUUUCCCCACACCUGCAGAUUUUUCUGAAAUGCCUUUGCAAUAUUUUGAGUCCCUUUUUAAACAAGAUUAGUCAAAUGGAAAAGUUUGCUGCCUCCUCGGGAAUGGCGGCCAGUCAAAGCUAACCUUCUCUGGAACCAGAAUAGCAGCCUGCUCUGUUGGAGGGGAGAUGUUUUUAAGAUAGAAUUGGAAAGAUAAGUGCAGGAAAGAUGUCUGGGUUUUUAACUUACUGGAUGGUCAUGCUUUUGAUAGUUGUUUGAAAGAGAAGGGAGAGAAGCCCAUUUGGUAGAACCAGGAUCAGAGAAGAUUGAAUGAGUGGAAAAGUUUCCCCUGCAUUGUAGUUCCUAAAGCAAGUUAAAGCAAACAUGAUUUAUACCUAUAUGAAAUCUGCUUUAUGACAGCUGUGCCCCAGAUCAACAAAAAAAAACUGUCUCAAGAUCAUUGUUACAAUCCAAGCAUGAGUCUCCUGUAGAGAUCCCCACCCCCUUUUGCCUAAAGCAGACACAUCCUUUGCAAAUUAACAAACUUAUUGAAGGUAUUAAAGAUAAUACUGAAUGAGAGGUUACCCUGUGAUCUCUGCCAUCCUCAUUUCUCUUGUGAAAUGAAUGUCCACCUCUGCUUUAAGGCUUUUGGUCAUUGAAGCUACUGUUCCCAUGAGAUGGCUGUCCUGCUUGUGCCUUUCUUGUGAGAGAAGCCAGCAAACUCAGUAAAUGCUGGUGUACAACUUGCUGUUGGCUGGACUAGUCUUGUGCUAGAGGCCCCACAGAGGACUAGAAACAAGAAUUUUCAGCCUUCUGAGCCUUAAAAUUAAGGAGGUUACCAGGAAGAGCCUUAAGAUUCUGAUUUAUGUCAAACACUGAUUUCCUUGUUGAAUAACUUUGUUGGUGUUUUGAACCCGUAUGUAGUAGUAGCCUUCCAUUUCUCUUGGCUGUUUCACUUGCAGGUAACUGAACUAUAGGUUUGUUCUGGACUCUGGAUCAUGGAGAAAAUGAGGGAAGGUGCAGGCCUGGUUGAUGACACCCAGUCUGUGUGACUCAGCUCUGUGUCUUAUUCUUUUUCUUUUUUCUUAUUUCUUUAUUGGGGAAUUAAUGUUUUACAUUCAACAUCUGUGUCUUUUUCUUUCAUCUUUUCUGGAUGCCUGCAUUUGUCAAAUAGAGUCUUAAGAGUUAAACAGUGUAGUUGAACAUAUUUAAUGCUAGCUUUGGAAACCAGUUUUAGGCAGCUACCCAUUCAAAAAUUGCUUCAAAUUUAUGCCCCAAUUUUCUUGCACCGAAGAUAACAAGCUGAAAGAUAUGGCUCAGUGGUAGAGUAUAUGCCUCACCUGUGUGAGCCCUAAGGUUCCAUCAAUGGCAUCUCAGCCAAAAAAGAAAAAAAACAGAACUGGGAAGUCAGGCGGUAGCGCAGCGGGUCAAACGCACAUGGCGUGAAGUGCAAGGACCGGCGGAAGGAUCCCGGAUCGAGCCCUCUGGCUCCCCACUUGCAGGGGAGUCGCUUCACAGGCGGUGAAGCAGGUCUGCAGUUAUCUGUCUUUCUCUCCCCCUCUGUCUUCCCCUGCUUUCUCCAUUUCUCUCUGUCCUAUCCAACAACAACAACAACAUCAAUAACUACAACAAUAACAACAAGGGCAACAAAAGGGGAUUAAAAAAAAACAUCAGAACUGAAUCAGCUGUGACUACUUCAAAAUAGCAUGAAGUUAGGAUAUUGUAUUUUAUAUUCAUUUUGAAAUAUAAUGAAUACAAGGAUGGACUGAAUUAUAUUUUUUAAAAGGUGUUGAAUUUAAGAAGAUAGAUAUUGGUACAAAACACUGAAAAGUGUCAACAAAAAAGGCAUUGAUUCCAGGUUAAAAAUCAUUUAUAGGGGAGUCGGGCUGUAGCGCAGCGGGUUACGCGCAGGUGGCGCAAAGCACAAGGAUCGGCAUAAGGAUCCCGGUUUGAACCCCGGCUCCCCACCUGUAGGGGAAUCGCUUCACAGGCGGUGAAGCAGGUCUGCAGGUGUCUAUCUUUCUCUCCUCCUCUCUGUCUUCCCCUUCUCUCUCCAUUUCUCUCUGUCCUAUCCAACAACGACAACAACAAUAAUAACUACAAUAAUAAAACAACAAGGGCAACAAAAGGGAAUAAAUAAAUUAAAUAAAUAUUUUUUUAAAAAAUCAUUUAUAGGCGGUAUGUCCAGUAGAUUCACAGCUAAGCAUGAACACACCCUGACCAGUGCAUGCCCCAAGGCUGAGUGGAAGGAAGGUAUGAGGAAGGACAUUUCCUGGCAGCACUGUUCCCCUGGAAAUGUCAGUCAGUUGAGCUGAUUCAUGGACUCAUGGGGCUUUUUUUUUUUUUUUUUGGAGGUGGGACAUGUGGUACCUCUGCUUGGCCACAAUGGAACAAACAAGAGUUGUUCUCAAACAGGGAAAGUUAUUACUAAUGCUGUCUGCUAAGGAAAAAUGUAAGAAAACUGAUUUGAAAACACCUCACCCAUUUUUCAAAACAUUGCCCAAAAUGUAUAAUUCCAUGCAUUUCCCCUUGUAUGUGAAACUUCUUGAUCUUAAAAGUUGUUUAGAUCCAUAGUGGUUAGAGAUAGAACUAUGCUGACAGAGAUGUGACAAGGAGCUGAGAAUAUGAGUGUAAACCUCAGUGGGAUUGGACUGAGCUAGAAGAUGAUACCUGGGUGAAUCUUGGAGAAAACUAGGUGGGGGAGAUAGCAUAAUGGUUAUGCAAACAGACUCUCAUGCCUGAGAUUCCAAGUUCCCAGAUUCAAACCCCCACACCACCAUAAGUCAGAGUUGAGCAGUGCUCUGGUUAAAAGAGAGAAAGAAACUAGCCACAAACUUUUAGUCCUAAAUAAGUCAAACACUAAAUCCAGUUUGGAGAAAAGGAAGAGUAGAUAACCUUUCUUAGGGUUGUAACUCUGUUCUCUGUAUGGUUUAUUUGUUAGAAUCCAAAAAAUCGUUGGAAGGUUCUUGCUCUGCCCUAAGCUGGGUUUUCCUGCCUCCACUAACAGUCGAGAUGGAAACAUCUUCAUAAAACCCAGGAGAAUCAGAACUCCCUGCCUGUUCCAGUCCUUCUCCUACUUCUUAAACAUCUUCAUAAAACCCAGGAGAAUCAGAACUCCCUGCCUGUUCCGGUCCUCCUCCUUCUUAAAUAUGUUUAUUCCAAAGUUUGGGGAAAUAGGGGAAUAGAAGUUUCAUUCUAAAAUUAUUCUUUAAUAUAAGGCUGUAUUGUGAGUUGUAAAUAAUUUUCUGUGCAGAACAAAGUAAUAGGCUCUGAUUUGCUCAGAGCAUUGUUCAGUAAUAUAUUAAGGCACUUUCCCUGUUUGCACUCAGGAUUAAUGUGUCGAAUGAAAUUUAAGGAGGAAAUGGAAGACUUCAGGUGUAACCUUGCAUAUUAUUUUGGGAAAGAUGAAUCCUUUACACUGCAGUUUUUCAAUGUCACCUGAAGGCAACAUGUUACUUCAUAGAGAUCCAUCUUUAACAAAAAAAUUUUUUAAGCCUUUUUUUUUUUUUUUUACUGUAGCCUCUCUUCUCAGAGGUCCAGUAGAUGAUCUGACUUUUGGUGGUGAAAUAGCAUCUGUCAUUGUCCUGCGCACUUCACCCUGUAAGCUUGGGCUUGUGGAAACAGGAGUGGAGGUAUAUGUUUGUAUGUAGUUGUGUAUGUAUUCUAGCAAAAGAAAACUAUUUAUUUUGACUGAGAAACACUUGUAUGAUUCCCUUAGUCCCUGAGAGUGGGCCCAAAGUGACAGAACAAUUCAGCAGAGACCUAGGAGCAACCCUGCAGUGCAGGCUCAGAUGAGGCACUUGCCAGACACACCUGGCUACAUGAAACUUGUUUAUACAGGGAAGACCAGCUCUCCCUUUGAUUCCUCUAAUCUGGUUCUAGAUAGCCACGGGCUUUUAAAGAACCAAAGUGUAAGCAAAUACAAAAUGGUUGGGGGAGCAAGGACAAACUUGCUGGAAGGUAAUUUUUUUGUCCAAAGAGAGGUUUCCCUUCUCCUCUUCUGAUCUGCCGAGGACUUCCUCUCGGAACUGUUGCACAAAUGGAGGGUGUGCUUGGUAAGACACAAAACAAGACAAAUGCACUCCUCAAUUUCUAAUGUGUUCUUUAAGUUCUGGUUCUGAAAAAAAAAUGAAUAAAGAUUUUAAUAAGUA